AUGCUCCUGUACCCCCACCCUCCAUCCCUGCAUUUCUUACUUGUCCCCCACCAUCCUCCCACCUCCACAGUGCCCGACUCUGCCGAGCUCGACCCCACCCCUCCUCUUCCCCCCAUCAACCCCAGUACCGUCCCAUCUGUACUCCCAAGCAGUGGCAAUGGCAAGCGCGCCCCCUCCGGAGGUCAGCCGCAGACAGCACAGCAGCCCCAGACUCUGCUCCAGCAGCGCUACCCACCCAGAGAGGUGCCCCCUCGCUUCCGCCAGCAGGAGCACAAGCAGCUGUUGAAGAGGGGCCAGCCUCUGCCCUCUGGGACCCUGCUUCUCACCACCACAGGACGUCCCUGCUCUACUGAACCUGCAGCAGCAGCUGUAGCGAUACACUCCUCUCCCUCCUGCUCCUCUUCCUCCACAGAACUGCCCCCACAGAGCGGCCAGGGAGCCCAGUAUGAUAAUCCCCUCUGGGGACACCUGCCAGCCAACAGGAGUACCACAAGUGCUGCAUCUUCCACCAAUCUCAGUGGUUGGGAUCAACUGAUCAUUGACCAGAAGGAUACAGAGGCUUGGCCCUCUAUUACCCUCAGCCAGAGCCAGGCCCCUCCAGGAGGAUGCCCUUUGGAUACUGACCCUGGUCGCUUGACCAGCAGCAGCAGCAGUACUAGUAGUAGUUGCAGUACAGUGAGUAUGGCCACGGGGGCCAAUAGCCAGACAGGCCACUUUCCUGCCAACCACCUUAGCAGCAAGGCCAACAGUGGGCCCAGCCCUGCCAAUCAUACUGGAACCAACAUGCUCUCUAGCCAGGUUGCAGCCAAUCGCAGCUGGGGCUCUGGGCCUGGACCCUCCCAUUGCCCCCCUCAGUCCUCGGUGGGGAAUGAAGGAAAGAGUGACAGUCCAGUGGGGGGAGCAGGCGGCAGGGGCUGGGGCUCUUCUUCAUCAUCCUCAACCACCAACUUUAACUUGAACCUAAACCCUAAUGCCAACCCAUCUGCUUGGCCCAUGCUGGGGCAUGAUGGGGGUGGCACAGGGGGAGGCAGCUCAGGGGGAGCCAACACCAUUUCACCUCCUCAACCUACACCCAACCUCUGUAAUCCACCUGGCCCCCCAUCAGCCCAGACCAGCACCUGUACCGGAGCCAACACUAACAGCAACUCCUCGGGGAUUGGCAGCGCCUGGGGUAGUAUAAUGACUUCUGACAUGUCAGAAGCGCACCCCUCCCCGUCCACGAAUGUGUCUUUCAGUUCAGAACCUCAGAACCUUAAAACUGAUGGACCAAAUCACACUAAUAAGCAGGAACCUCCCAGCCCCAUCCGCAGCUUGCCUGGCUGGGGUAGUGCAUCUGUAGGCUUGGGUUCCAUGGGUCAACCCCCACCAGGGGUCCCACAGGUCAAUGGAGAAGAUAGUAGCUCAGUAUGGGGUCACAGUGGAGACUCUAAGGCACCUUCAUCUAAGGAGGCAUCUGGCUGGGAUUCUGGCUGGAGCCAUGGAGGAGCUGGAGCAGGAAACUCUGGAGGUUGGGGUGACCAGUCUGGUGGAGACUGGGGGAAACAGCACACUGAAGAGGCCCAGGGAGGAUGGGAUGCCCCAAGCUCCCCUCCCCAGGAUCCACAGGCUGGUCCUUGGGGCAGAGCUGUGAGCACAGCUGCUGCCAGUGAAGGCAGCAGUGACAGCAUGGAAGGACAUAACCAACGCAGAGACCGCUCAUCCAGAGAUAAUCCAGCUCCUCUGCUGCCUGCCCAGGAUCUGGACCCCAGAGUGCUGUGUAACACUGGCUGGGGACAGACCCCCGUUCGCCAGCACACCUCCUGGGAUAUGGAUGAUACUAAACGUAAGAAUGAUGUAGGCACUGAAACAUGGGGCUCUGGCCCAACCACACCAAGCGAUGCCCAGGGGCCCUCCAAAACAAACAUUGGCCCCACUCAGAGGACUGACUCUGGGAGUAAAAAUGAUGUGCCUGGUUCUCAGGGAGCUUCAGGUUGGGGUGGAAGCGUAGCAGCUACCAACCAGCCCAGCUCUGGUUGGGGAGAGCCACCCAACAACAUUAAGCCCCCAGGUGGCCCUGGUGGAUGGGGGAACCAUCCAACAGGAGGCCCCACCACCAGUGUACCCAAGAAUGGUAGUCAAACCUGGGGAGAAGAGAAGUCGAGUGGGUGGGACGAUUCUCACAUCAAGACAACAUCCCAGGGCUGGGGAGAGCAACCCAAAGCAUCCCACGGCUGGGGCAAUAGCGGAGCGAGCAAAAACGCAGGGGACUGGGGAGAACCAGAGGAGAGCAAAAAGAGUCCCACUAACCCUGCCUGGGAGGGAGAGGCAGGGGGCUGGAAGGAAAAACCACGAGGCUGGGGAAUGCCUGCUUCAGCACCUGGUAUAUCUGGACCUGGAGGAAAUGGUGGCUGGGGAGAGCAAGUUUCCCAGCGUCCCAGUGGCCCACCUCAAGGGUGGGGGGGCAAGCCUCAGGAUGGGCCCAGUUGUAGUGGUGGAGCAGGGGGCAUAGGCUCUUGGGGUGGCUCAGGCUCAGUGAAGCAAGGUGGAAGUUGGGGUGGCAGUAAGCAGGAGUCCUCAGCUGAGCCUACAGGCUGGGAAGAGCCCUCUCCACCUUCAAUCCGACGUAAGAUGGAGAUAGAUGAUGGAACCUCAGCUUGGGGUGACCCUGGUUCCUACAACAAGGCAGUCAACCUGUGGGACAGGAACAAUCCAGGAAUGUCCCAGGCUAAAGUUACCACUGGAGGCAAUAAUCCCCCAGGCCCCAACAACAACCAUCCCCACUCUCACAAUCACCCCUAUCAUGGGCCGCCUGCACCUUUACAGAACCACAGCCAAAACUCCCAAAACCCAGGGCCCACCAGUGGGCCCAUGGAUCCUGUUGUGCAACACCAGCCAGGGCCAUCUCACAACAGGGGCCCCCUGAUAGCCCAAGGUUGGGGAGACUUACCCAGCUCCCACACAAAAUCAGAGAGCUCUUGGGGGGAACCUGCACCCUCUCCGGUCAGUGUGGAUAAUGGGACAUCUGCCUGGGGCAAACCAAGUGGGAGCUGUGGAGGCUGGGGAGACGGUAACCCGGACAGCUAUGGCAGAGGCAACCCGACGAUGACAACUGCAUCCUGCAAACCUGCCCCCAAACCUAUGCAAGACGGAUGGGGAGGUGGAGGUGAGGAGCUGAGCCAGUGGGAUGCUGAGGAGGGAGACAUGUGGAACAGCACUGCCUCCCAAGAGAGCAACUCCUCCUGUAACUCUUGGGGCAAUGCAUCUAAAAAGGGCCCACAGAAGGGGAAGGUCCCAGGGAAGCAGGAAGAUGCCUGGAUGAUGAAUCGUCUCAUCAAACAGCUGACAGACAUGGGCUUCCCUAGGGAUCCAGCAGAGGAGGCUCUGAAGAGCAACAACAUGAACUUGGACCAGGCCAUGAGUGCCCUGCUGGAGAAGAAGACAGAGCUGGACAAGCGGGGGAUGGGGAUAGCCGGCCACGACUACAACAACGGGCUCAUCAACAAGCCCAUGAGCUGCCCUCGGCCUCCGCUUCUUUCCAAAGACCCCUCAGCAGACCCCCGCUUGCCCUUCAUGGAUAAGCAGAUGCAGAGUGGAAUGUUUGGCGGUGGUGGAGCAGCACAAGCCCGGACCAUGCAGCAGCCGCAGCCGCCUCCUCAGCCGCCAGUGCCGCCUCUCAGCUCCUCUCAGCCUAGUCUACGUGCUCAAGUGCCUCAGUUUCUCUCCCCUCAGGUUCAAGCACAGCUCUUACAGUUUGCAGCAAAAAACAUUGGUCUGAAUCCUGCACUUUUAACCUCACCAAUAAACCCUCAACAUAUGACCCUUCUGAAUCAACUUUACCAGCUGCAACUGGCAUACCAGCGUUUACAAAUUCAGCAGCAGAUGUUGCAGGCGCAGCGCAAUGUUUCUGGCCCCAUUCGACAACAAGAGCAGCAAGUUGCACGUACAAUCAAUAACAUGCAGCAGCAGAUCCAACAGCACCAGCGUCAGCUGGCCCAGGCCCUGCUGAUGAAGCAGCAGCAACAGCAGCCACCUCCCUCCCACUCGGGCUUGCAUCCUGGUGGGGCCAAAUCCACCCUGGAUUCAUUUCCAGGUCACCCCCAUGCUCCAGGCCUCCCUGACCUGCAGACCAAAGAGCCGCAGUCAUCUCCUAACACCUACAGCCACUACUCUCUCUCUGGACUGAAUCCAAACAUGAAUGUAAACUGCAUGGAGGUGGGAGGUCUGUCUAUGAAGGAACCUCCUCAGCCCCAAUCGCGCCUAUCACAGUGGACGCACCCAAACUCCAUUGAAAGCCUCUCUGGUAGCUCCUCUCCUCUAGAGCCCAGCCUGGGCAAGCAUGGUUCCAAUUUGGGCCCCCCUGGUAAGCCCCCUCAGCUGGAGGACUCUUACAGUCCCUACAACCUGAUGUCCAGCUCAGAGUCUCCUACCAGCCCCCUGGUCCCCCCAGACAGCUGGGGACAGGGCAAGAGCAGCAGUGACAAGAUGGCCAAUGGGACCAAUAUCAACUGGCCACCAGAGUUCUGCCCUGGUGUGCCCUGGAAGGGCCUCCAGAAUAUCGACCCUGAGACUGACCCCAACGUGACCCCCGGCAGUGUCCCUAGUGGGCCCACCAUCAACACCAACAUCCAAGAUGUCAACCGCUACCUGCUGCGGGACAGGAGUGGAGGUAAACUGUCAGAGAUGAAAUCUACUUGGUCUCCAGGCCCCAUUUCUCACAGCCAGGCCUCUCUGUCCCACGAGCUGUGGAAGGUCCCCCAGGGCCCCCGGAGCAGCACCACAGCCCCUUCCCGCCCCCCACCUGGCCUCACCAACACCAAGCCUUCCUCCACCUGGGGGGGCAACUCCCUGGGUCUGGCCCAGGGCUGGAGCAGCUCUUACACCUCAGCAGGUACCACAUGGAGUACAGACAGCUCCACCAGAACCAGUAGCUGGCUGGUUCUGAGGAACCUCACUCCACAGAUUGAUGGUUCAACUCUGCGUACACUGUGCAUGCAGCACGGCCCCCUCAUCACAUUCCACCUCAACCUGACACAGGGCAACGCUGUGGUGCGCUACAGCUCCAAGGAUGAAGCUGCCAAGGCUCAGAAGUCCCUGCACAUGUGUGUGCUCGGGAACACCACCAUCCUGGCAGAGUUUGCCGGGGAGGAGGAAGUGAACCGCUUCUUUGCACAGGGCCAGUCGCUCGGCGGAACAACCAGCUGGCAGGCCACUCCAGGCACCAAUCAGACAAGGAUGGGUGGAACCGGGUCCGGAGCCUCUCAUCCCAUCGGUCACUCACCCCACUGGAACAACAACAAUGGCAGCAGCAGUAGCAGUGGCCUGGGAGCAGGCGGAGCAAAGACGGGCGGGGAGUUGCUUUGGGGUGGCGUACAGCAGUAUUCUAGCCUGUGGGGACCCCCGAGUGGAGAGGAGGGACGGGUCAUGGGGAGUCCCACCCCAAUCAAUACGCUGCUGCCUGGGGACCUGCUGAGUGGGGAGUCCAUGUAGGACAGAAGAGCCCAGGACGAAUUGAUCACCAACAGGAGCAAAAACCUUUCAAAUCAAUGUGGAGAUAAUCAGUGUGGGUGUAACGGUGAAAAGGAGAGACGAGAGGAGGACGAGGCUACAUCCUUGCUGCUCACCCUCGUCAACCUCCUCUACUCCUUUUGUUUUUAAUGACAUUUCAGUUGCAGUUAUUUUGUGAAUCUCAGCGAGAGAUUUUGGUCACAGUGUUCAGCUUUUUCUUUUGGAGACACAGGAAGAAGUCUUUCAUUCAACAAAGAACUUUUUACAGAGAUGAACGUUUGAGAACUCGCAGUGUGAAACAUGUACUUUAGUCAAACUGACACAAUGACGAGCUGCCAUCUUCUUUAAACUUGCGUAAUCCCUCUCUGCCUUUUGAGGCAAUCAUACUGCACCUCAGAGAUCCAUGAAAAAGGCAUCAUUCCCAAAGUAAAACCCUUCAAUCAGAGUGGUUGUCGAACUUUCAGCUGGUCCAGACUCGACAUUUGUUUCUCUCAGCACUAAUAUUAGCCUUAACCUCUUUCCUGCCCUGCUAUCCUCACUCACUCUGUACUUGGUGAAGAAGCAUACGGACACUUGCACACCCUUAUUUCUGAGCCAGUGAAACCUGA